AUCGCCCUACAGAUUUCAGCAUCAACCACGAUAUAAAUGACACAGCCUUACUUUCUACACUGUACUUUGACACUGAGAUAUAGGCCGGAGGUCUCGAGCCUUCAAUUGUGGAAAAUAGAAUCAAAUUGAGCUGUCUAGGAAAGAAGAAACCCCCUACCUACCUUCUCCCAACACCCCACCACCACAUAGUAAAUUACAGCAAAACCAAGCCAAAGGCGAGACGAGACACAGCAAAAUCAUGGAAGACACACAAAUGGACGAGGGCAAUAUUGCCCUCGAGACGCCCGUACCCGACGUAUUCGUGCCACCAUCCAUCCACCACGGCACGACAAUCCGCGGCGAAUCAUACACGCACUUCUCGCCCGUGCCCCCAUCCCUCGCAGCCAACGAGUCCGACUCAUCAACAGGCGUACCCUGCGUCCUCGGCGUCGACGAGGCCGGCCGCGGCCCCGUGCUCGGGCCGAUGGUCUACGGCGUCUUCUACCUGCCGAUCCCACAAUCGGAGCCCCUGUUAAAAGAAACACACCACUUCGACGACUCCAAGGUCCUGACGCCAGCCGUCCGCUCCUCGCUUAUGGGGUCCCUCUGCACAGCGGACACAGAUCUGCACGAGACAUGCGGCUGGGCCAUCUCGAGCCUGUCGGCGCGCGACAUCGGCGCGAACAUGAUGCGGCCCGGGGGCGCCACGUACAAUCUCAACGCGCAGGCCAUGGACGCCACGGCGGCCCUGAUCCAGGGCGUCAUGGCGCGCGGCGUCAACGUCCGCGAGAUCUACGUCGACACCAUCGGCCAGCCCGCGACCUACCAGAAGCGUCUCGAGAGCGUCUUCCCCACCGUCAAGAUCACCGUGGCCAAGAAGGCCGAUAGCUUGUAUCCCUGUGUCAGUGCGGCCAGUGUCUGCGCCAAAGUCACGCGCGACGCCGCGCUCGAGGUCCUUUACGAAGCCUGGGUGAAGAAUGGCAAGGAGCAAAAUGCGGAUGGAGACGAGGCAGCCGAGGUUCUAUCCUGGGGUUCCGGAUAUCCGUCCGACGCGCGGUGCGUAGCCUGGUUGAAACAGAAUAUGCAUCCCAUCUUUGGCUGGGGGCCAGAGUGCAGAUUUAGUUGGGGUACGGCGAAGGAUAUGCUAGAAGCGAAAGGUGGUGUCAAAGUGGAAUGGCCCGCCGACGAUGAUGAGUCCACAAGUCGCUUGACAGAUUUCUUCGCCGCCAGCGGCGAUAGGGAAAAGGACGCCGACGAGCUCGGCACAUGGUUUGGGACUCCGGCCGGGCUGGAAGCAUUUUGAUUGGUACAUAAACUUUUGCAUUUAUCAUGGCGUUUGGACAUAUGGUACUGUACUUCUGGCAUUAUGGACAGUCUGGCUUUUAAGCGGUCGUCCCUGACAUCAACAUUACAUGUGUAUACUAUGAUUCUGCAUCAUACCCUCAUAUGCAAUCCGAACCUAUGCGUACAUUCGUGCUCUAAUUAGAAAUCGUCAUCAUCAUCAUUCGCAGCCGGGCGGGCCUUCUUGCCACGGCUAUCCAGG